AUUUGAAGCAGAGUGGAUCAAGAUGAGGACCAUUAACCUGCUUCUGUUGGUUGCAUCAAUAGCCUUGGCAGAGUCUUGGAGUGGCCCCAAAGGGGGAUUAAAACCGGAGGUUUUGGCGCGUUCCAAAAGAAGGUGGGUUUUGUCUACGAUUGAAGUGGUCGAGGAAGAUGAGGGACCAUACCCACUGAACAUUUCACAGAUGUUCAAUACCAUGUCGGGGAACCAUGAGUUCCACAUCAGUGGAAACGGUGUGGAUCUUCACCCGAAGGGCUACAUCGAAAUUAAUAAAAUAUCUGGAGUAGUUUUUUUGAAAAAAAGAAUUGACAGAGAGACACACAAUGGACCCUUCCAUAUCAAAUUUGAUAUCUAUGAUAAACAGACCAAAAAAAAAUUGGACAAGGAACUAUCUUUUGAUGUAGAAAUAAAGGACAUCAACGACAACAAACCUCUGUUUGUAGAACCUAUGAAGGAAAUCGAUGUGAAGGAAAAUGCGCCCGAGGAUGUCUUGCAAAUCCCGCUUAUGGUUGAGGAUAAAGAUCUGGAAAACACACCCAACUCUAAUUUCACCGUCAGUUUAAUUAAACAGACACCAGAAGAGCCCAAGCUCAGUGUGAAGCAUCUAGGAGGCACUAAUCACCACCAGCUCACCUUACAUGGAUGUUUUGACUAUGAUAAAGUAAAGAGGUAUGAAGUUAUUGUUCAAGCAGUAGAUCGUGGAGUUCCGCCCCUUAGCUCCACUGCUGUUAGAAUUAUCAAUAUUGUUGACACAAAUACUCAUCCACCGAAGUUCAAGGCAAGAGAGUACCACGGUCAGGUGAAUGAAUCAGAAGUCAUACAUGAUUUUUUGAGAGUUGCUGUAGAGGACAAAGACACACCUGGAACACCUGGUUGGCGUGCCAAAUACUUUUUCAUCAAAGGAAAUGAUGAUGAAAACUACAAGAUUGAGACUGACCCCAUCACUAAUGAGGGUAUUCUGAGUGUCAUCAAGGGAAAGGAUUUUGAGAAGACAAUGAAUACGACCCUGGUGAUCGGAGUACAAAAUGAGGAAACCUUAUGGUUAUGCAAAAGUACGCUUCCAACAGCAGAUUCCAUCAAUGUCACAGUAAAAGUGAUUGAUGUCAAUGACCCGCCUAAGUUUCUAAAAAAUCCAGCUGAUGUGUACCUGAGGGAAGAGGAGCCACCAGGAAAGGUGCUAUACACACCAGCAGUCAAAGAUGAAGACUCUGAAGUAAAACACAUCAGGUUUAAGCUGUUAAAAGAUCCAGCUGACUGGGUGACCAUUGAUGAAAAAACAGGAAAGAUCACAUCAAAGAAGGCGAUGGACAGAGAGGCACCCAUUCUUAAUGGCUCAAGCGUGUACACAGUCCUCAUCGGUGCCAUAGAUAAUGGUGAACCUCCAGCCACAGGUACAGGCACUGUCCUCAUCCACUUGGGGGAUAUCAAUGACAAUCUGCCUCACCUGGUCAACAAAGGUGUCAUUAUGUGUGGAAACAAGGUUAACAAGGUCAUGGUGGCUGCCCAUGAUGCGGACAUCCCUCCUUUCAGUGGGCCCUUUUCCUUCUCCCUGGGCGAUGAUAAAACUGUGGCGCAACUAUGGAAACUAGACCCAGCCUCUGGUAAGGAAGGUGGGCUUGUUAGCCGGAAGACACUCCCUUAUGGUAACUACACAGUGCCCCUGGUGAUUCGAGACCAACAGAAUGUGAUUGGAAAAGAUUCUUUGCAAGUGAUGGUGUGUGACUGUGGAGAUAAAGCAGUUUGUCGUGGCAAAGAACCAAUUUCAGUCAACUUUGGGGGACCUGGAAUUGGACUGCUCUUUGCAGGACUCCUCUUGUUUUUGUUGCUGCUACUCAUCUUUAUGUGUCAGUGUGGAAAGAAGUUCACGCACAUGCCCAUAAUACAGGAAGAGGGCAGUCAGACCCUCAUCAAGUACAACCAAGAAGGAGGCGGCUCCGAAUGCAAGGCUGAGCCCACUCGGCUCCUGACACCUACAAGCCCGACUGUGACAGAUGGCAUCAAACAGCACCCCCUGCAGAUGGCUCCAGUCAUGACACAGGACAUGGAUACGUACAACAGCUCAAUGUUUACCACGAUUAACACCAACAUGACCUCACUGGGCAUGCGACAGCAGGCAAGAGACACUUUCAGAAGCCAAAGAGGACAGAGCAUGUACUCUACCUGGAAUACAAAUAACCAAACUAACGCCUACCAGGGAAACUCAUCAAGGUUCAAGCGCUCUGUCAGCAUGUUGUCACAUCAACAUGUCGCGGAUCACAUUGACAGGAGACUGUACAUUAUCAAUAGGAACAACGUAGCCUACCCAGAGUACCAACCCCACCAGUAUGGCUACGAGGGACAGGGGAGCAAAUGCCAGUCACUGGAUCAGCUAUCGUUUGGCGACCCGGCGGAUGAAUUAAAGUUUCUGAAUGAUCUGGGGCCAAAGUUCAAGACCUUGGGAGGCAUCUGUCACCAGACAAUUAAAGAGAAAAACAUUCAAAUUUAACUGGAACCGCUGGACUGGGAUAAAAGCACCAAGUCUCAAAUCGUGAUUAUGGAUUUAUCCAACUGGAUUUUACCACAAUUUUUGGAUUUUGUGUAAAUGUAAAUGUAUCAUUUAGCUCUGGCCUUCACUCAUUGGGUUGUGUUGCCGAACGACAUAACCCAAUCAGGCUGUAUUUUGCUUGCUUGAACAUGAAAUGAAUGCACUGCCCAAACUUUCAUGCUCUGGUGACAUUGAAAUGUGAUGUUUCAACAUCAGUCAGGUGUGUUUGCUUGUUUUCUUAAUUUUAUACAUGGGAGUGAUGCUGCUAGUCUCAGCGCUUUGAGGGGUUCAGGAUGAUUUUGCCACAAUAAUGUUAAUAUGAUGUUUUGGUGUUUAAAAAUCUGACUGGUUGAAAUGAUGACUGUUUAACAGUACCAAUCAUGUGGUUGAAAAAUGUGGUGAUACAGUGGCGGGGACUAUGUGACUGCUUUGAUUUCUUUAAUCCAUUUUUGCAAUCGACUUUUCUUGAACAUACACUAUUUUAGAGAACAAACUCAAAUGUUGUAGAGUGGGAACUGCUUAUAGUGAUCACGUGUGUCCAGGUCAUAUUGAUCAACAGUGUUGGGUAACAUUAGUGUCGAAAGUAACUUGUUACAUUUCAUGACUACUGCCAUUAAAAAGUAACCUAUUACUUUAUAGAAUUUGUGUUAAAGUUUUUUUUGCGUUAACAAAAAAAAGUCCUCUUAGGGAUUCCUCGCGCACUGCACUGCUUAUAUUCUCAGCAUACUCUUAUUAUUACUAUCAAUUUGUCAUGUUUGAAUAGAAAACAAAAAACAAUCAGUACAGGGUUGCUUAUAUAAUAUAAACUAGUUCACUGUUUGAAGCAGAGUACAUGAAAGCAGAUAGAAACUGAGAAUAUCUAACAGGAAGUAGCUGCGCAGCCUUCUGGCUUACCACCCAGGCACAAUUUGCAUACUAUGAUGUUCUUGUCCUUUUCACCUGAAAAUUCAAAAUAAUGCACUUAGACAUUCUCAGGCUGCUGCGUACCACCUGCCAAGAAAUACGAGACAAACAGCGGAUUUUCAUAUUCAUUUAUUUUUUCAGUGGCAACAUAAGGAAAAAGGAAACACAGUACUCCCAACACUGCUGAUCACUGAAAUCGGAUGAUUAUCUUUUUUUUCCCUGGAUUUCUCAUGCAGAUUACCAUCCAAAUGUCAUUUCUAUAAUAACUUCACAAAUACAAAAAGUGAUUAAAUGAACAGCUUUGCCUUUUAUUGAAUUCUACUGACUGGUUCAAAAUGCAGUAGAGCUUUUUCAAACACAUGACGACACUGUUUCUAAUUUAACUAAACUACAAUUUCGUACGGAUCAUAUACAACAUAUGUCAAACUGUUCGUUCCUCGUGCAGAUUUAUUUUCUGCCUCCAUCGCUCACAGUCAUGCCUGUUUCUGCCUGUUUGAGAAAGACUAUACAAGGUAACCUCAGGAACACAGCGUUUUGCUGCUGCAUCUCAUUUCUGGCAGUUUAUAAUUUGAGUCAAGGAGACUGCGUCCGUCUUUUGAUCGAGAAAAGAUUACUGUGUUUUUCCCAUGAAGAUUUCAACAGGCUCACAGCACAAAUGACCAAGUCUUCUGCCUGUAAUGUGUAACAUGCUUGAAUGCAUUUCUGAACACUGUUUUGAAAAACAAAUGACAGCUGCUGUCUUCAGUGUUGGUACUGUACGAUAUAAAGACAACACGUCUAUAUGUUGGCUGUGUCAUUACCAGUUUGCAUCAUAAGCUCCCUGUGUCGCUGCCAAGACAAUCAUCACAUUUUUCAAUACUUGGCUUUAUGUUCUGUCUAUAAGCCAUUGCUGAAAAUCACAAUGGACAUCCUUCAGACUAACAGGAGUGACAGAACAGGUUUUUGAUUACUGGCAAAGAGAGUAAUAUGCAAAUCUUGAAGCUGUCUUAACUUGUUAGACCCACACGUAACACUCAUGACAGACUGAUUGCCACCAAAUAUGCUGUUUUUUUCACCAUCAGCUCAGUUCAGCUUCAGCACACC